GAAGUGUCGAAUUAGCAAUGGCCACCUGCUAGAAGCCCUGAACUACCGUACCGAACGGUUUCACCGUCGGGAAUCGUAUUUUUUUGAACGCCAUCUCAGCGGCAACCAUAAACGACGGCGAGCUCCACAACAUACCACCAUGGCAGAACCAAAGCAAUCCACGUCGUGGAUCCCUCUGGAGUCCAAUCCUCAGGUCAUGAACACAUACACCAACAAACUCGGAGUGACCUCGAAAUGGGCUUUCACAGACGUAUGGGGUCUGGACGAGGAGCUCUUGCAGUUCAUCCCGCGGCCCGUGCUAGCGGUCGUUCUGCUGUUCCCGAUCACCGAGAAGUAUGAGGAUCAUCGCAGGAGUGAAGAAGCCCAAAUCAAGGAACGCGGGCAAACCGUCAGCAAGAAUGUGUAUUUCAUCAGGCAGACCAUAGGCAACGCGUGUGGGACGAUUGGACUCUUGCAUGCCCUUGCCAACAAUGUGGAAAACUUCGAACUGGGCGACGGACCGUUGAAAAGGAUCUUGGACGAGACUCUCCCGAAGUCUCCUGACGAUCGCGCGAAAGUACUCGAGGGCUCUAACGAACUGGCGGCCGUUCACGAGGAGAGCUCUCAAGCUGGCCAGACCGCGGCCCCGUCUAGGGACCAAGAUGUAGACCUACACUUCAUCUGCUUCGUCCGCAAAGACGGGCAUCUCUAUGAGUUGGAUGGUCGCAAACCGUUCCCCAUCAACCACGGACCAAGCGACGAUGUCCUCAAAGAUUCGGUGAAAAUCGUCCAGCAGUUUAUGGGGCGAGAUCCCGACAACCUUAAUUUCACGGUCAUUGCCUUGGCUCCGGCUCAAGACUGAGCCGCGCAGGCAGAUGGGUCGUUGUCGCUAUACGAGUAUCGGGCCCAGUGCGUAACUGAUCAGGAAAAACGGCGUGUAAACUAAUGGAAGCGGGCCUGCCUACAUACUGUAUCACCACGAAUAGGUCUUGUAUAGUUCUGUAUCUAGCUUUUUGGAAGGGGGUCGGGCAAACAAACCCCCCAAUGAGUGUACUUCAAAACAUAACGGAAAUGUAAUAUGUAUGAGCUGAAAAGGAAGGAAGACGGUGGC